AUGCCAGACUACCCCUAUCUGGAAGGCAACGCAAGCCUAAUCGCCUCGCUCAAGCUCCAGCCACAUCCCGAGGGCGGCUUCUUCGCAGAAACUGUUCGAACGGACCAGAAGAUCGCCUCUGAGUUCGCGGAUGGAAAGCAGCGAAACCUCGCGACGCAAAUCUACUACCUUUUGACACCCGACUCGCCGAAAGGCAAGAUGCACAUGAACAAGUCUGUGACCUUCCACGCGCUUCACGCUGGUCGCGCUCUGUACACCCUCGUCAAGCCCCUUCCUCCCAACAGUCCCACCGGCGCUGAGCCCGAGAUCAAGCACGUCGUGAUGGGCUCCGACGCGUCCAAGGGCGAAGUACGGCAGUUGUUCGUCGAGGGUGGAUGGUGGAAAGCAAGUGAGAUCCCAGAGGAGGAUCUGAAGGUUGGCGAGGAGGAUAAGGAGCAUACUGGCUGCUUGAUCUCCGAGGUGGUCGUGCCAGGAUUCGACUUCGGAGACCACAAGUUCUUGAGCAAGCAAGAGCUCCUGUCGCUCUUCAACGGUGACGAGCAAGCUGAUGGCGUCCAGAAGCUCUUGCCGUACGUUAGGGAAGAUUGA